AUGGGCGGACAAGUGUGCUCCUGCGGAGAAGAGGAGAACGAGAUCAGGCAGGAAGAGAAGCACUCCUUUCCCGACGGAUCCGUCUACACGGGCGCCUUUCUGGGGGGCCUCCAGCACGGUGUAGGAACCCAGGUCUGGGCAGAUGGCGGCCGGUAUUCUGGCCAAUGGGCGAAGGGCAAGGCUCAUGGACAGGGCCGUUACGAGCAUCCCGAUGGAGAUGUCUACAUCGGGGGGUGGCAGGAGGAUCAGGCGCAUGGAGCCGGGCUCUACAUCCACACAGACGGAUCCCGCUACGAGGGCCAGUUCGCCUUCGACCGACAACAUGGCGAAGGCGUGGAAUGCUGGCCAGAUGGUGCGACCUUCACAGGGCAGUACCGGGAUGGCUUCAAACACGGCCACGGCCGGUUUGAGUGGUCGGAUGGCUCCCACUACGAGGGCGCCUUCCAGCAGAACGACCUGCACGGAUACGGCGUGUACAGCUGGAAAGGUGGACGCUUGCACAAGGGAUGGUGGCUAAACAACCGGAUGCACGGCGACGGGGAGUUUAUCUGGGCAGACGGCCGCCGCUAUCGAGGCCAAUACGAGGAAGACAUGAAACAUGGCCAAGGCACGUUCCAGUGGCCCGACGGUCGGCGCUACGAGGGCCAGUGGCGUCAGGGCCUGCAACAUGGGCGCGGCCGCUACACCUCAUCAGAGGGGGUGACGCGAACGGGUGAGUGGGUCGAGGGAAAGCGGAGGCGCUGGCUCUCCGAGGGCGAGCUGGCUACCUAG